AUGGAGAAGACUGUAGACUCUGCUAGGAAAGACUGGGCAAUUAGAUUAGAUGAUGCAUUAUGGGCAUACAGAACUGCAUAUAAAACACCAUCGACAUGUCUCCCGACAGGAGUAGAGAGGUGGCUGCAGUUGAAUGAGUUGGAUGAAUUCAGACUUGCUGCCUAUGAGAAUGCCAAGGUUUACAAGGAGAGAACUAAAAGAUGGCAUGAUAGGAACUUGUUGAGACAUGAUUUCCAUGUGGGCCAGCAAGUGUUGUAUAAUUCCCGUCUCCUGUUGUUCCCGGGCAAGCUGAAAUUGAGAUGGUCUGGACCUUUCACCAUCACACAAGUUUUCCACUAUGGACCCAUAGAGGUCACCCACCCGGCACAGGGCACAUUUAAGGUGAAUGGUCAGCACCUCAAGCCAUAUAUAGUGGGAGGAAUGUUGCCUACUCCAUCCACUUUAUCCUUAGAUGACCGGUGA